AGCCUCAGUUUUCCUCAUCUAUAAAACAAAUGGGUUGGAUUAAAAGAUCUCCAGCUCUAAAUUCUAAGGAAACGUAUAUAAUGAAGAAAGCUAGGACUAUAAAGUGACUCCAAAUGUAAGAAGAAGCAGGGGCCUGAUCUCCAUGGUAGACUCAAUAGCAUCACACUGCCCAGUAAUGGUGGAUAGGUACUAAGUCAAAUAUUUGGUAACAUCAGUUCCCUAGGGAAGUAUCAGGAGUCAUUUUUGAGGAGAGGAAACAACUGAAAUUUAAGGCUUAUGCAACACUUAUUCUUUCCUUGGUUGCAGCUGAACAAAAUAGAGGGUGGAGAAGCCGAUUUCACCACCAACUCAUCUGUCACCAGGUCCCAUCUUAAUUCUUACCUAGAUGACCUGUUACAACGAUUCCUUCACUGAGAAAACAUGGGUACAGCGAGAAUUCUUCCACCCAGAUAUCCCCUUGGUGUUUGGGGGCUUCACUCCAAAGCCCUACCAUCAGCUUGCUGUGAAGCAACCACCCUGUACAAAAAUAAAGUCCAUCACAUGCCAGCGACUCCUCACCCCUUGGAAGGGUACAUCCCAACAUACAUGGGGCUACCACACGUGGAUAGAUGUGGGGCGUCUACCCCCAGUCUUUCCCACAAGGCCUGAUAAACCUUACGAUAGUAAUGUCUGGCGAUGGCUCACUCGUAGUGAGGCCCAUAAAUGUUCUUUAACCAAUUACUCUAUCCCUCCACCUUCCUGGCUUGGGAAAAACACUUUAUUGCACUUUAUUGACACUCAUCCUAUCUUCAUGGAUCCAGUAAGAAAGGAGAAGGUGGUCAACCGGGCCAGGAAGGAAAUAAUGAAAGCAGAAAUACUCAAAGCAAGAAGUGAAGUGAGGGUACCCCCAUUGGAUGCCCAGGGUAACAUUUUGCCCCCCAAGAACUUCAAGAGGUACAGACAUGUGACACCAGGUGGACGAUUGGACCCUAACGGCUUCCAGCUUGUGCCCAACCCAGUCCCCAAUUUACUCUGCAGGGGUUGGCCCUGCCCUAACCCUCAACCACAUUAUGAAGAGUUGUCGAUGAGGCUGUUACUGCAGCCUGCUCCUCCCCUGGACCCUGAAAUGGUGAGGAAUUACCAGAUCCUUGCAAAGGACCGAGCAACUACUCCCAUCUGCUAUGUCUCAGAAGAACCCGGCCUGGCAUGA